AUGUCCACAGCAGGUACCACAACAAGCAGUAAAGAUGUAAGCAGUACUCAGACUGUUACAACAGCAAGUACUCAAGAGCCAACAACGGUUGAGGCGACCACACAACCAACAUCCACUUCUGCACCAUCAACAACUUUGAGCAGUACAGUGUCCCAGGACACUUCCUCCUCUUCCGCAGCGACAACACAGUCUACGGUGUCUGCCGCUGUCCCCACAACAGAUUCUACAGUGUCUACCCAGACCACUGCCUCGGUACAUACUACAAGUACUCAAGAGCCAACAACGGUGGAGCCAACCACACAACCAGCAUCCACUUCUGCACAAUCAACAACUUUGAGCAGUACAGUGUCCCAGGACACUUCCUCCUCUUCCGCAGCGACCACACAAUCUACGGUGUCUGCCGCUGUCCCCAUAACAGAUUCUACAUCCCAGGACACUUCCUCCUCUUCUGGAGCGACCACACAAUCUACGGACACUUCCUCCUCUUCCGCAGCGACCACACAAUCUACGGUGCCUGCCGCUGUCGACACAACAGAUUCUACAGUGUCUACCCAGACCACUGCCUCGGUACAUACGACAAGUACUCAAGAGCCAACAACGGUUGAGGCGACCACACAACCAACAUCCACUUCUGCACCAUCAACAACUUUGAGCAGUACAGUGUCCCAGGACACUUCCUCCUCUUCCGCAGUGACCACACAAUCUACGUCUACGGUGUCUCCCGAUGUCCCCACAACAGAUUCUACAGUGUCUACCCAGACCACUGCCUCGGUACAUACUAGUACAACACAAGAUGUUUCGCAGUCCACACCAACGACGACGGAAGUUUCCUCAACACAGACAUCAACCACAAACUACCACACAAUCUACGGUGUCUUCCUCUCUCCCCACAAAAAAUUCUACAGUGUCUACCCAGACAACUGCCUCGGUACAUACGAGUAUAACGCAAGAUGUUUCGCAGUCCACACCAACGGCGACGGAAGUUUCCCCAACACAGGCAUCAACCACAAAGUCCAGCUCAACGCAGCCGGACAUUUUAACCGCCACCACCAUUACAUUUUCUACCCCAUCCGUAACGCCAACACUGACACCUACUACCCAAACUACAGACAUGUCCACAGCAGGUACCACAACAAGCAGUAA